GAAAGCAUUUAAAACCAAAAGUAUCUAAUUUUAUAAUUAUUGAUCCUUAUCCAAAACUCCAUCUCUCUAAUGGCUUUACUGCAGGUAAUUAGCAUGUAAGCUAAUGCCUGGUGGUGAAGGAACCAUGGAGGGAGCCAGCGUCACUGUCUUCAUCACUGUCCAGAAGAUCUACUACCCCCUCCUUUGUAUCAUGGGUAUUCCAGCUAACCUCUUCACAUUCUACAUGAUCUGCUUCCGUAAAUGCGGGAUGUCAGAGACGGCCAUCAUUUACCUGAGCUGUCUGGCCAUCGUGGAUACCUUCUACCUGGUGUGGGUGAUCCUUAUUGAUCUGACUCUCACCUUCUGGGUACAGCAGCCCUUCUGGCAUUCCCACCCUUGGUGUAACAUCUUGGGAUUCCUCCAGUAUGGAUCACUCUACAGCUCCUCCUGGAUUGUGGUGAUGUUCACCAUCGAGCGCUACCUCGUCCUCCGUAGCACAGCGGCCAAGCAGCACUUCUCCCAAGCCUGGGUCACUAAACUAAUGUGUGUGACUAUCGUCCUGGUGUCACAUCUCGUCUCUGUGCCACUGUGCUGGAUUAACAUUGUCACACCUGUCAACUUUACUUUGGAUGGGGAGAAUGUGACACUGCCCAGAUGUCGCUACCGCAAUGAGAUCUACUCUACUGUAAUAGUGUGGAUAACUACCUUCCUCUCAGGGGGAGUGCCUAUUGUGUUGGUCAUCAUCUUCAACUACCUUAUGGGGUACCAUCUGCGUCGCGCUAGCAACCUCUUCACCAAGGAGGAGCGUCGUGUCAUGCAUGGGAGAAGUUCCAGGGCCAUGUUGAGGAGGACCAUCCUGCUGCUGGGCACUGUUUCUGUGGCCUUUGUUGUGCUCAGCCUGCCACGUUUUGUGACGUACUGCAUCCUGAGGACCAAGUACAACAAUGAAAACUUCAACAGGAAUGACUACAGCAUCCCCAUCAAUGUGGCAGGAGAUUUGGCCAACAUGAUGCAGAACCUCAACUCCACCACCAACUUCCUGCUCUACUGUGUGGUCAGCAGAUGCUUCCGGCGGGAGUUGGUCCAGGUGGUGACUUGUAAGGCAAAGGCACGGGAGCUUGGCUCUGUCCUCACCCACACCACUAUGAAAGUUUUCUCAGUUGUAGAUCAUAAGGCCUCCCCACCCACUGAUCCCGUGACUGUGGUAUUGACUUACCUCAAACAGACAGGGUAAAAAGGAUCUGGAAGACUGGACCAAGAUCAUGAAGGUCAUUAAGCAUUAAUGACCUCCAUUAAAGACUUAAUAACUUUGGAAACUGUAGACUGACAAAAUAAAUUUAAAUUAGGGCCCACUAAAUAGCUUUCUUUAGGGCUCUGUGACCACAUAUUACAUUCUUCAACCCCAGAUACAUACUCUGGUCUCAUCAUGACAACCAAGCCAUUCCAACGAUGAGAAAAAUAAGGAAAUAUAUUUUUUAAACACAAAAAUAUGUUUUUGCUUUCCUGUUUUGGCGUGACAAGGUUGGUCAAUCCACCACUGUGGUCCAAACUGAAACAUUUCAACAACUCGAUGAUGUAUGUUUGUGAAAUUUUGAAAAGACAUUCAUAGUCCCUGAAGGAUUACUCCUAGUGACUUUGGUGUUCCAGAAGAUAUCCAGCAAAUGAUACAGUGUCCAACAUCAGAAUUUAUUUAUCCAGUAAAAUAUCUAAAUGUGCUAGAUGGACUGGUCAGAGUUUUGGUCAGACAUUCAGGGUUCUCAGAUGAUGUAUCACUAUGACUUUUGUGAUCCCCUGACUGUUUCUCUAGUGCCAUAAGGUUUUAUCGGGUUUAGUGCCAUGAAAUGUGGUCCAGAUAUUUAUGUUCCCCAGAGGACAAACUGUCAUAACUUGAUCUCCAGUGCCACCAUAAGGUUUAAAAUGUAAUCAAUCCAGUAUUUGUUCAUGAUCAAAUACAAAUACUGCAAAACUAAGGAUGUUCUUAGCAGCCUCAGCAAAACUUGAUUCACAAAACAUGAUAACAGAAUAAACAAGGUAAACAUGGUAAACGGCAUGUUGGCA